AUGACGUCAAAGUUUUCAGUUCCAAUCAAAAUCAUCUCGUUCUUGUUUUUCAUAACCAUUAACAUAGCUAAUGGUCAAGCUCAACCAAAUCAAUCAACCUUGGUGUUCUACUUACAAGAUAUCGGAAAAGGACCUAAGGCAACGGUUUCACCGGUUAUAGGCAUCAAUGGCAAGGUUUGGUCGUAUAACACAUUUGGAACAAUAUUUGUUGUUGAUGAUCCUGUUACAUUAAGUCCUGAUCCAUUUUCAACUCAAAUUGGAAAGGCUCAAGGUACAAUUACAGUAACUUCUCAAGAUGGCGCAAAUGUGAAUAUAGUUUUAUCAAUUGUGUUCAAUAAUGUGCAAUAUGCUGCUAGCACUUUAGAAAUUCAAGGUACAAGUCGUCAACGUGAUAAUUUAAGAGAGCUCGGCGUUGUUUCUGGAACAGGAAGGUUUCGUUUUGCAAGGGGAUUUGCUGUAUUUGAAACUAUAUCUUAUAAUCCUACAAGUACUCAGUCUGUUAUUAGGUUGACUGUAACCUUGGCAAUACCUUGA